AUGUCAUAUCCGGCGCUCAACAGUGAAGCCGUGCACACUGCGGCAGAACCAGGGAGAACGGGACUUCGCGAUCGCACCGCUGGACUUCUACAAGCCCAAGUACGCCUUGAUCCACCUCAGUCUCUGGUCAUCAGCUUAACUAAAGAUGGGCUAUGGAAUCUCACCUGGAGUAGCUCAUAUUCCUAUUAUAUUGGAAAUAAUGUUGAGUAUGAGGUAGUCUACAAACCCAGUAAAGAUCCAUGGCUGGAAGCCAAAAGAAUUCCUAUCAGGCAGAAUGACCUUUGGGUUUGUCUGCAGUCUCUUCAGCCAGGCACGCUAUAUGAAGCCUGGGUGAGAGUCAACCAAAUGGAGUUUCAAGGUGGUAGAUGGAGUGAUUUCAGCCAACCUCUCCAAUGGAGAACACUUCCUAAAUAUUCCACAUAUUCAACCUCCAAAAUUAUGCAGGUAGUGCUACCAUGUACUGCAGCUCUGAUUUUUAUCAUCUUGUUACCACUCAUAAUCUGCUCUUCACAUAGGGUAAAGAAGAUAUUUUGGGUUCAUGUUCCUGAUCCUUCAAGAUUCUUUGACCCAUUGAUAUUUACUCACAAGGGAGACUUCCAGAAAUGGUUAUCUACUCCUUUUGACUUCUCUGCAUUCUCUCUGGAACCCACUCCAAUAAACAUCUCCCCUGUGGAUAUCAGCUGGCAUAAGGACAAAUACCCUCCCAAAGUUUUACCUCUUGGCAUCAAUGAAACUCUAACAGAUAGCAGUGGGCAGUCGUUUUCUAGUUUCUCCAAUCAAGGAUAUUUCUUCUUCCAGUUUCCUAACAUAACAGAAGAUGAUGCUUCCAGUGAUACCCAACCUUCCUAUGGUUGCUUAGAACAAAGAGACAUCUCACCAAUGUUGCAAAAUCUGCCCCUACCAUCAACAGUCACUUGCGAAGGGACCCCACUAUUUUGUGCAGACUAUCUCAGCGACCCAAUGUCUGUUGGUAUUGGGAUUCAAAAUAGGUCAUUUGAAAUUGAUUCUAUGGUUAACUUACCACAGUCUUCUACACUGAAGCAAAUGGUUAAAGAAAAAGUUAGUAGAGACCUCCCAGAGGUUCCAUGUUGCCCCACUGGGGAAGAUAAAUGUGAAAUGAAGGAGAGAGGAGAGUGUGACAAUUUGAACACUGCAGCUCAGGUGAUAACUGAGCAUGUCCAGCCUUCAUCACAUGAGAUUGAUAUGACAGGAGGAUACUUCACCUUGAAUGCAUUCUAUCAGCAACAUUACAGCAACUGGGUUUGACUUCCUUGGGAAAAGAAACCGUCAAACAAAUAUCUCACAAGCCAUGUGGUUCCACAAAACAAGAAAAAAAUUGUAGCGACCCUCUUCCAGCACACAUGAAGAUACAGAGAAAAAUCUUCCAAGUGUGAAAGAACAUUGAUUUGUGUCACUUCCUGUACACAACUUGGCAAUACAGCUUUCUCACGGACCUAAAAUACACAGACAUGUUGUCAUAUACUGGUCCUAUAAUACAGACUGACUGCAGCAACCUAGAGCAGUGGUUUCCAACCCAGUUCUCAAGGGCCACUAAAUUAUGUCCUGUUAGUGUGCCUUGAGGACCUGGUUAGGAACUAUUGACCUACAGUUUUCUGUAUGAGCCCUGUACCAGAAAGGGUACACACCUUACAGUAGAGUUUGCAAGUAGU